UGAAAGAACUAUACGAGGGUUUUAGCUCAAAAAUCAAUCAAGGAGUGAGAGAGAGAGAGAGAGAGGGUUUUGUUUGGGUGUGAACAAGAAGAGCAACUCACAAAAUGGGAAGCGAAACGAAGGCCAACAAUGGUGGCAACGGAGGAGCAGCAGCAGCAGCAACAGGAGGAGGAGGGUUUAGGUCAAAAAUGGAACAUUAUCUAUACAGUGGUGAUAAGAAGCACGUUUUUGCAGGGAUUCUCAUCAUUAGCGCCGUCUUUGCUGUCCCCUGGUUUCUCAUGAACCGAGGGUCAAAACAUCAAUCCCAUCAAGAUUACUUGGAAAAAGCUGACAAAGCACGGAGUGAAAGACUUUCUUCGGUCUCGUCUUCAGCAAAAUGAUUUACGGAAGAUUUCUAUGGUAAGCAUUAGUUUUACUGCAUUGACCAUAUACCGGAGUAUGGAAGUUGUCUGACAUUUGGGCACCCUUAGUACCUUUCUUUUCCUUUUCAUUUUGGGUUAGCACAGGACGAGCUUCUAUUUAUGCAUAAAGAGUAGUACAAGGGCCUAUGAGGGACAAACUUAUGCUUUUUGCCUUGUAAUUUGAGAAACUAAUGUUUUGGAUGAAAACUAGAAAGUGCUAAGAGAGUUUACAUUGCAAUUUAAA